CCAAGGAGCCACAGUCUUUAGAGAUAAACAAGUCUUUCCGGGAGAGAAGGAGGAUUUGAACGGUUACCCACCACCAUGUCGGACAGAAGCCCCUUUGAAACGGACAUGCUCACCCUGACUCGCUUCGUAAUGGAAAAGGGGCGUAAGGCCAAAGGGACCGGGGAGCUCACACAGCUACUGAACUCCAUGCUGACAGCCAUCAAGGCCAUAUCUUCGGCUGUGCGCAAGGCCGGCCUGGCCCACCUGUAUGGAAUCGCGGGAAGCGUGAACGUGACCGGGGAUGAGGUGAAGAAACUGGACGUAUUAUCCAAUUCCCUGGUGAUUAACAUGCUCCAGUCCUCCUAUGGCACCUGCGUACUGGUCUCGGAGGAGAAUAAAGACGCGAUUAUCACCUCCAAGGAGAAGAGGGGGAAGUACGUGGUCUGCUUUGACCCACUGGAUGGAUCUUCUAACAUUGACUGCCUGGCCUCCAUUGGAACCAUCUUUGCCAUCUACAGAAAGACAUCAGACGACGAGCCUUCCGAAAAAGAUGCUCUGCAGCCAGGCCGAAAUAUUGUGGCUGCAGGCUAUGCCCUCUAUGGCAGUGCAACCCUGGUGGCUCUUUCCACUGGGCAGGGAGUGGACCUCUUCAUGCUUGACCCAGCUCUCGGUGAAUUUAUCUUGGUGGAAAGAGAUGUCAAGAUAAAAAAGAAAGGAAAGAUUUACAGUCUCAAUGAGGGCUAUGCCAAGUAUUUUGAUGCUGCAACCUCAGAGUAUGUGCAGAAGAAGAAGUUUCCUGAGGAUGGCAGUGCUCCCUAUGGGGCCAGGUACGUGGGCUCCAUGGUGGCCGAUGUGCACCGCACCCUGGUGUAUGGAGGGAUCUUCCUAUACCCGGCGAACCAGAAAAGUCCUAAGGGCAAGCUCCGGCUCCUGUAUGAGUGCAAUCCCGUGGCCUAUAUCAUAGAGCAGGCAGGAGGAAUGGCGACCACAGGAACCCAGCCAGUGCUGGAUGUGAAGCCGGAGGACAUUCACCAACGAGUGCCCCUCAUUCUGGGGUCCCCGGAUGAUGUGCAGGAAUACCUCGCCUGUGUACAGAAAAGCCAGGCAGGCAGGUAGUGGAUUUGACCCUGGGAGCUGUCUUCUCUUUGUCUUGUCCUUCCUAUUAAGGGCCCUAAAUGAACAAUAAGUGGAAACAGCGGUGGUGAGUAACAAAGGCAAAGCCCCUGAAUCACAUCCAGAAGAACAGCAGUGAACUGCUCAUCACAGGUCUAGAAGCCAGAGGCGGUUCUGUGCUCAGUGUGAGGGGCUCGAAAUAAAAACCCAUAUGUGAAAA